AAAAUACCUGCAGCGCGAAGCUCGAAUUGAGACAUUGUAGCACGCUCUGCUGAUUGCCGGACAGAGGACAGAACUUCCUGCACAGCAAGUUCUAUUGCGAAUAUUUCAAUGGUAUCCUCGAUAAUGAAACAGUAAAUGUGGCUGCAUUCAGUACGACGGGGCGUACUUAAAGAUGUGGUCAGAUGCCCCACAUGCCGGCUGCACCUAUAUCACUACGCGCGGGGAGCAUGCAUAUACCAGGUCAAAAAUAUUGGAUCCUUCGAUUUGUCGUUAACGCAUUCGGCCUUGAAGAAAGAAGACAUAUAUCCAGCACUUCAACAGGACGUUUCUUACAGUUUUCGGUGCUCAUGAGGCCUGUGCCAACGGCUGACCUGCAACUCUUUGACGACGAUUGCUCGCCGUUAAUCUCGGCACGCAGCGCCUUCUGUUCUUCACAUCAGGAUCUCGAUUCGCUUCUAGAACAUCUAAUCUGCGUUUCGUAGAGCGACCGCCGCCCAAUCCAGUAGUAUCCAGACAUCACUCCUGACCAUCUCUU